AUGUCGACGGGGGCGCUGCCCUUGAACGCGGACAUCGCGCCUCCAGUCAAUGGACAAGCACACGGCCAUAGUCGUGGACGGGGACACAACCGAUCCCGCUAUGCUCAAUCACCGCCGGCCCCUCUCUCGCUGGGCUCCAAUGCCCCCCAGCCGCCACCUGAAUUGACCGAUCUGGGGAAUGCCAAUGGCGCAAACGGACAUGCCCCGCAGACAUUAUGGUCUCAGCAUCAUCAUACACACUCCCACUCGCAUACGCAUUCGCACUCGCACUCGCAUUCAAUUGCGCACCACAACCAGACCCACAGCGUAUCGUCAAUUCACCAUGAUGCGCAUCCUCAUGUCCACGACCAUGACCACGAUAUGCACCCCAACUCUGCAGCCCUGCGCCCGGGAAAUAGUCCGAAGCAACUUAAUGAAUUCAUUGCCGGCGCCCUGGUCGCUUUGCCCUGGAUAGCACUCUCGUGGUACCCACGUGAAUGUACACAGUGUAAAGGUGAACCCGAUGCUGUGAACAUGAAGCCCAAUCUCUCAAUUGGAGUUGUCGAUCAUGUGGGGCUGGAGACCUGUGUCUUGACUGCAAUUACACUUAUCUUCUUCGGCUGUGGCCAGCUGGCUCGUAUGAACUACCAGGCGAAGGGCUCUCUGGGCUUCUCAUCGGUGAAGCUCCCCGGGCUCAAUGUGAAAGGCGCCCAAGAUGCCUUGUUGCAGCUGUGCUCAGUUGGACUACCCAUCUUCGCAGCACUGAAAGUUGGAGGUUUCUUGGUGGCAUUUUGCUUUCUUCUUGCGUCGGCUACUGGGGUUUCCAACUUAAUGUAUUCGGAUCCUCAUAUCGCCGCCCAAGAACGCUAUGGUCGGAAACCUCUCACAAUUGCCGUUUUAGCAGCCGCCACCCUGUUGAGCUACUGGGGUCUCAAUCAGCCCAGGGAUUCAUGGCCCCUGUUGGGAUACCUGGCGCUGCUCCUCUCGGUAUUUGUUAUUUCGCCUCCUUUUCCUUCUCCUCGCCAUCAGGGCCCGAUUCCGGAGCCAGGAUUGGUGGCCGAGUCAUUGUCUAAGAUAGACAAGGCUUUAAGCGUAAGCCAGUCCGCUGUCCUUGUUACGACCGAUGCAUCUCUGGCUCUGGUUUCAGGUGGCUCUCUCCUACUUCUAGUCGUGAUUGCCUCUCAAGGCUUACCCUUCAGCAUGAUGGACCUGGUGUAUUUUUCCGUUCCGACGGGACUAUUCGCACUUUCACUGAUGGCCUCUUCCCCUGCCGCUCUUCGAUCACCCGACAAAAUCGGCCUCGCCGUCAGUGCUGGAUUUGCUACACUCUUCUGCUCUCCGCAUAUCCGGGAUGACAUUUUGAUCGUAUAUGCUGCGCGCUGCAUUCUCGUCGCUGUCUCUUUCUUAGCUGCCAGAAUGGAUGAUAGCCACCUGCGCCUGAGUGCUCACUCGCACAAUCAUACCCACCAUCAUAGCCAUUCUCAUGGACCCACGGAGGCUUCAGUGGUCACGAAAUGGCUUCUCCAUCGCAGUGAAGCCUAUCCAUUGCUGUAUAGCAUUCUCAAAGAGAAGGACUCUCGAAGUAUCUUCUACUUCAUGUGCCUCAACUUCAGCUUCAUGCUUGUCCAAUUGUCAUACGGCUUUUUGACAGGUUCUCUCGGUCUCCUUAGUGACAGCAUUCACAUGUUUUUCGACUGCCUUGCCCUAGUCGUGGGACUCUGCGCAGCUGUCAUGAGUAAAUGGCCCCCCAACGCUCGAUUCCCUUAUGGCUAUGGCAAAGUGGACACAUUGUCUGGCUUCGCCAAUGGCAUAUUCCUCAUGAUUAUCAGUGUGGAGAUCAUCUACGAGGCGGUUGAGCGCCUAUCAUCGGGAAGUCAAAUGCACCGCAUCGGUGAACUUCUGGUCGUCAGCAUUGCAGGACUGCUGGUCAACCUGGUUGGUAUCUUUAGCUUCGAGCACGGCCACCACCACCAUGGUCACGAUCACGGACACGACCAUGCACACGGCAAUGAAAACAUGCACGGUAUUUUCUUGCACAUCCUCGCCGACACACUUGGUUCCGUGGCGGUCGUCAUCUCAACCGUCCUGGUACAUUACUCUGGCUGGGCAGGGUACGAUCCGCUGGCAUCGUGCUUUAUUGCAAUUCUGAUUUUUGCUUCGGCGGUUCCACUUGUUAGUAGUACUGCGAAAACCUUACUGUUAACUUUGCCUGCCGACACCGAAUACAACGUCCGUGAAACUCUCGCUGGUGUGAGUACCUUGCGCGGAGUGGUGAGCUAUACAGUGCCGAAAUUCUGGCUCGAUGAUACCGGGUCGUCAUCGGACCAUGGGCACGCCCAUUCACAUGAACGCUCGGGUCAUGGAGACUGCGAUCAUCAUCACGAUCAUCAUCACCAUGAGCACAGCCACGGACAUGAUCACAGUCAUAGCCAUUCCCAACCCCAUGAUCACGACCACGACCACAACCACGACCAUGUGCAUCACCAUAAUCAGAAGGUUUUCGGGGUCAUUCACGUUGUUGCCUCCCGAGGAUCAGACCUUGAAGACGUCCGUCAGCGAACAGUGGAUUACCUCCGCGAGAAGGACAUGGAUAUUGUUGUGCAAGUGGAGCGCGAUGGGGACAGUCGAUGCUGGUGCGGAGGUGGAAGCAAGUCCUCUUAG